AUGGAGGCGAAGACAGCCAAAAGCUUCCUCCUCUUCUACAAGACGGGGAGAAAAGGUCGAAUCGGGCAUGGCGAUGCGGUGACGGACUCCAGUGCAGAGACCAUCUGGAAGUGUUUCAUGACCGCCUGGCAGAGGAAGACCGGCGAAAAUUUCCACAAACCUCUGAGGGACACCAUUCUUAACUUGAUUCGUGGAGGCGACGAUAACAUCCUUGGUCUAUCCACAGAUCGGAGACCGGUGAAGAACUACACUCUUAGAGACUUUGAAGCGGCAUCCCGCCAGCUGUGGCAGAACGAUUGGUAUGACUACUGCCAUGAGCUGUAUCGGUCAGGGCUACAUUUCCUUCAACUUCUACAUUGUGGAACGUCCGGUCGAGCAGGUGAAUUUGAACAGAACCUCCGUUUCCGUGAUAUCACAAUCGCCCAAGUGUGGAUCACGGAUCAGCCCCAGAUCGUGCUCGAUUUACGAAGGGAUAAAGCGAAAGGACUUCAGAACCUCCCUCGCGAACAGCCGGAGCAUUUGCUCUACGAACUGGUCGGCCAACCUUUCUAUUACAAUGCUGUGCUCUUCUUCAUCGCGCGAGUUCUUGCUGCGCAAGCACUUCGGUCGUACAAGUCUUGGACUGAAAUUCUCACAAUGAGACAGCCGCCUGGUCGAAGCCAUCGACUUCUACACUAUGAAGAUCACUGUCUCGACAUGCCAGUUUUCCCCCGAUGUCUGCUGGACGGCUCCGUGGACGACACGUGGACGUCGUCCUCCCUCGCCAGCCACGCAUUGCCAGAGCUAGGUCGUCGGACAGGCUUCCAGGAAAGCCUCACAUUUCACGCUGCCCGCCGAGAAGCACUUUUAAAAGUGGACAAUUAUGGGUACUCCAUCAAUGAACGGAUGCGAUUUGCCGCCCACCGUGACCAGGGCACAUAUGCGUCGGCUUAUCAGCCUCGCAUCAGUACCGUCGAUGGCCAAGCCACCUUUUUCGAGCUCGACCGCCAGAACUUGCAGAUCCACGAAUUGUUCCGCGGGUGGCAGUUGAUAGAGUCCUCCCAGUGUAACCAAAAGACGAUCCCAACGACCAACGUGGACGACAUCAAGGGACAGCAAAAGUUGUACGACCAACGUCGCCAGGCUCGAGAUCGAUUCAUGCGGGGCCACCAAAUGUCUCCCCAAGAAGAUGUGUGGACGUCAGAGAACGUCCCGUACGAGUCGGACUUUUUGCAGACGAGGAAGCUCAUGCCUGAGCGUGAUCGUCUGUCAGAGAAUCUCUUCAAAGAAGGGAGUCUCCGUGACGAAGUGGGGACGGUCAUUAUGGACGACCUAGUGCGACUCAUGCAAAGCAGCAGGUCACAGACGUACUGCCAAGGUCUGAACAGCUCCUGCGUUGAAUGUGACAACUGUCGGCGACCACGAAUCGGGCACAAGCCAGCGACCUGGUGGAUGCAUGUCUACCGGUGCCGCAAGAAUCGUGCAAACACAGACGGCCGUUUUGAAGAAUUCUGCUUCCUGUGCUUUCAGUGGCUCAGCGGCUCGACCUCCUGGAAAGAUCACGCUAAUCAACACCUAGCACCCAAUGGAAGCUUGGGCCCACUACCUCUGAAGUGUAAUAUCGCUCAAUUCCGCCACAGUCUCAGUCGGCCAGGCUUUUGCCCUGAAUGUCUGGGUGACGACGAAAGCCCACCAGAAGACCGAUUCCACCAGUACAUCAAUGCGACCGAAUGGAAGGCGCACGUCCUUCUUCAUCUUGGGCUUGGUGGACCCAGUCCUCGGGGCUGUCGCCAUCCGCGCUGUGGAAAGCAUGAUGAACUUGGCGAUUUGGAUCAACACUUUCAUCAUCUCGCUGAUGUCCAUCAAGUACUACUUAGUGCCGCGGAGAGAGAGAAAGUGGCGCAAUCCUUAAGGUCGGAAGGGCACCGUCGGAAGCUACAGGCGCCUGGACGGCUUUCGGACAGGUUGCGAACAAUCCAGCAGAAGGAAGAAGUCUUUGUGACUUACACACCGCUUGACAUGAAGCCGCAGACUCAGGGUCGGAACACCCAAAAAUCUCUGCUCACACUCAACGGUGCGGACAAGGAAGAUAAGUGCGGGAGCGCCACAGUUUACAGUCACGAUGGGAAACAAGAAGUGGAUACUCCCAUCGCACUCGCCGAGAAAGCCGCAGACGUUGAUAUUCCUCCUCUCCAACAUGCCAUCUGCCAAAGUGAGUUGGUUCGCAGAGACAUAGGCCCGCUGUGGAAACCUGAGCAGUCGACUGUGGUUGUUGAUGUGCCCCCAGGCGCUCCUGGACAGGAAGCUCGUGGGAGUGAGAAAAAUCAGAGCCAUCCAUAUCUGGAAGUCAUCCUCCCUCAAUUACCACCAAAGGCGAAUAGCAAAAAGCGACGUGUUUCAGACUCCACUGCUAGCUCUGCCGGCAAGAGCACCGAGUACAAUGACAUUGAGGCACCGGAUGAUGUCCGCCCACCAGUGAACGGUGUGAGGAAGCAUCCCAAAAUUACCAUUGAGAUCCCACCCUUGCCCGUUGAUUGGUGGGCUUGGAAGGAGAUUGAUUCCCCGACAAAGGGCGGGGAACUGGGUCCGCAGUCAGCCUGUCCAAGAACACCGAGGCCUCAGCCGAAAGACCAGCACGCUAUGAAGCGACCCAGGGGGAGACCUCGUCGCGUUCCACAAACUCCCAAACCGCCACAGCAACCGAUGACGACAAAGCGUCCCAAACGCCGCGAUAUCGACCGGUCACCAAAUGCUCCAACGAAGCGAGCCCUGCGAACUCAUAAGCGGAAGUCUCCUGGCAAAGACAAUAUUUCCGAAAAGGUACCCGUUGAGUGUGUCUCCUCAUCUAUCAGUAACGUCCAUGUGUCACCUGUGCGACUCCCAAGGAAGGUUCGCUUCAUGAGUCCAACUAUUUCUCCUCCACUGCUAUCAAAUGUCGACCAGACUAGCCACCUUCCUGAAGAUCACUCAAAGUCUUGGGUUCUUCCUGCGGCAGCGGAUCCGAUGAUGGCCGAUCUGGGCGAUGCAGAGUCCGCGUGGUACUCGAAUGACAGUAUUCGUCAACCGGGUUUGCAACUGGAAAAUGACUGGUCUGCAGAUCGCGCCUCAACCUCAUAUACCCGAGAUGACCGCCUGUUUUCUCAGUUUCUCCGUGCACGCUCGCCCCCACUCUUGCCCAGUUGCGUGUCUAGAGCGUACAGCGUUGAGACAACGGCCACUGAAGGAAUCCCCAACUUGAGGCUGCCACCAGAAUAUGUCGAUGACGAGCCAGAUAUCGAUAUGCUAUUCGAUCAAUAUCUCCACUCGUCCCCACCUUCGCCUUCCACAUCAGCGAAAGACACACUUAACGAAUUCAACGGAGUAACGUUGAUUGAUGAUGAACGAGAUCAGCAUCGUAGUAGUGGGGAGUCAUGUCCGCAAACGUUCAAACCUUCAGCUCUAGAGGAGCAAGCUGGGGACCAAGUAGAAGAUCCUCGCUGUCUCUCGACUCACCCUUGUAACCGCCAAGGUAAGAUCAUGCUCCGCCUUAAGCUCCAAGACACAGGUCAAAGGAAGGAAAAGAAGUAG